AUUGCCUUUCUGUGAUUAACGUUUGAAUAGACAAGAAUGACCAAUUUAUCCUGUGAAGAAACCAUUAAACGCGAUGCUGCUAACAUCGUACAGCCUCUGAUAGUCAUAUUUGUGUCUUAAUCCUCGGCGCUGGGGGCAGAGGCGGUCGAGUGUGAGCAGUAACGCCCUGAUGCCAGCCUCCCCGUCGGUGAAAAAUAAGCUCGCUGUGUUUACAAGUCGGUGGAGAGGGGCUGUUUUCCCGCAGUGUGUCGUUAGCUAAUCGUGCGGCUGUGAGUGUUUUCCAGGCGAAGAAAAAACAUGGCUGAACUGCAUGUCGUGGAACCGAGCGGCACUGGCACCAUAGAGCAGCCCGAGCACCGCGAUGUCCGCGGCUCCGUGCGCCUGGCUUCGCCCACUCUCAUGGUUCCUCCGCGGAGCAGCCAGCUCAGCCCCGGCGGGGUGUCGAGCAGCGGCGGCGGCAGCGGAGGAGGACGGUCGGUAUUCGGGUUCCCGGUGAAGAGCAACCCCAACUCCCCGUCCGAACCCGUGGACAAGCCGGGCUCACGCUGGGUCCGGCUGAACGUCGGCGGGACCUAUUUCAUCACGACCAAACAGACCCUGUGCAGGGACCCCAAAUCCUUCCUGUUCCGACUGUGUCAAGAAGACCCGGACCUGGACUCUGACAAGGAUGAGACAGGAGCCUACCUGAUCGACAGGGACCCCACAUACUUCGGCCCCAUCCUGAAUUACCUUCGGCACGGAAAACUGAUCAUGGAUAAAAAUCUGGCUGAGGAAGGGGUUCUUGAGGAAGCUGAGUUCUACAACAUCGCGUCACUGGUGAGGCUGGUGAAGGAGAGGAUACGGGACAACGAGAACCGGACAUCUCAGGGCCCUGUGAAGCAUGUGUAUCGAGUACUACAGUGCCAAGAGGAGGAACUCACACAGAUGGUCUCAACCAUGUCGGACGGUUGGAAGUUCGAGCAGCUUAUAAGUAUCGGCUCCUCGUAUAACUACGGCAACGAGGACCAAGCAGAGUUUCUAUGCGUAGUUUCCCGGGAACUCAACAACUCCACCAACGGUAUCGUCAUCGAGCCCACUGAGAAGGCCAAGAUCCUUCAGGAGCGAGGCUCACGGAUGUGAAGAGACCCGGCUCCUGAGCUCAAAACAUUUUAUCAACAAAAGCAAAACAACAACAUGAACAUUUUCUCCAUGAGUUUACCCCCCCCCCCCCUCGUCCGUUCUACCAUCACUACCACCUUCAUCAUCAUCAUCGUCCACCCCCCCUCCCUCCUCCUCCUCUGGUGUGCCUUUCCACAGUGGGGGCUCCUUGACGCCCCUGCCCCCCCCCUCCCCCUCCCAGUGCUGCGAUACGACCCUGACUUGUCUUCUCAUUUCUUCUCCUCCGUCACAGGCUGUGGAAAACUCCAGGGGGAGUUUAAAAGAGAUUACAAGUGAGUGGUUUUCCUCAUAGCAGCUUUUUGAUGGUCAGUGUCACGGCGGUGCAGGCUACGGUGCUGAUUGUAGCCUCUUGUUGUUGUCAGUGGAUGGACGCCCAGCACAGAGCUACUAUUCAUCAUCAUCUUCAUCAACAUUUUUAUCAUCGUCACUGUUAACAGACAGGAUGUGUUUUCACUCUUAUACGUUUGGCUCUGUCGACUUAGCAGAAAUCUCCUCAGGACUCUCAAAGGACAUAAAGGAAUGAACACAACUCCACGGACUGAGCCUCCCUCUUUACCUGAAUCUGUUAACGAAGCGAGCAUCGACGCCCGUUGUCUCCCUCUCAGCACUCCCAGACUCCUCGGCCGAUGUCUGAGGUCUCACGUCGCGGCACAACAAACCGAGCCAGGAGGUCCAGAGGUGGAGGAUAAGAUGGAGCAGUUGCAGGCAUCAUGACGCAGAGUCUGAUCACUCUGUUUGAGCCAGCCAGGUGCAGAAUUCCCUCUAUUGUGUCUUUAGAAAAGAGCUUAAACGAGUAACAGGUUUUUCAUCUUACAGACACCCUGUCGUGGUUCGGCACGGCGGCAGCGCUGCUGGGAAAUCGUGGCAUCCUGCUCCUCCUGCUUCCUGCUUUUGGGCUUGAUUGGAUCUGUUCCCGCAGGGAGAAAAUUCGGGAUAUUUUACCGCAAAACAAAACAAAUGACUCAAAAAGACUACACCUAUGUACAAUUUGUCAAGGCAUGUGAGGAAUCUAUAUAAAUCUAUAUAGGCUACAUGAUGAAAUUAUAUGAAAAAUUGAAUGCAAAUGGUGUAAUUAUUGAUUUCUGUAUCAUAGUUGUCAUAUAUUUACAUAUUCUGGUGGGUGAGUCUAUUUAAAUAACAGAGAAAAUAUCAGUUUUCAUAACCAGUUUUCCUGAAGGUUCCCCACCCGCUGACCUGGGUGUGACUUUGUGUAUGCAGUGCCUCUCUGCUUUCUGUCCAUGACUGAAAUAUCACAAGUUUUUCAGCUGCACGUUUUCUGUAGUGUUCCUCAAAAGAAACUUGUCACUGAGUUUUCUCUUAAAUAUCCUACUUUGAUCUCUUGCAUAUCUUAAAAUUGUAAUUAGGGACAAGGAAAACUACUGUACUACCGUUGCCAUUUGUCCAGACAAGCGUGGCGUGGCGGGGGAUUGGACUGUGGCCAGUCUGUAUGCUGCCUCAAAACCCUGAAACACCCUUCUCUCCCUGGCCUUGUGCUACUCUCAUGCCAAUAUUCAGUCUCUUUGCAGCCGUCUCUGUUGCCACUCAACUUAACGCCCAAAUGGCUGUGUUGUCUUACAUUCUGCAGCACUUGUAGCAUCUGUGGCGCGAGCUGAAUUGUACUCCUCAUGCUUAAAGCCCUGAGAUACCUGAGCCUACAUUAUCACAGAAAUUUACGUAGUGUCAGUGAACCUGCCAGACGGGAAGUGUCCUCAGCUCUCUGAGCUUCAGAGUGGAGCCUUUAUUUCAGAUUUUCUGUGCCAGCAGAUGGUACCAGCUUGGCUGAAGUAUAUUUCUCAUGAGAUAUACUUGACAUUAAGUUGCUAUGUGAUAGCGCUGUUUCUAAGACUUGUAACAACAUUGGAGUAACAUGCAAAUACAGCACAUGAUAACCUGGUUCUAACCUUUAAAUCGAAGAAAGAAAUGAAGACAUCUCCUUGGACUCUGGGAACCCGAGGGGACAUCUUCAAAUCUCUUGUUUUGUGCUAUUAACAGUCCAAAUAAUAUUAAUAUUACUGUGAUAUACAACAGAAAAAAAGGAGCAAAUUCUCACAUUUGAGACACAUUUUUGUGGCAUUUCUGCUUUUAAAUGACUAAAAAAAAUUAAUUACUUAUAAAUGUGAAUACAGUUCAGUAAAUGUGAAUUUAAUGUUGCUGCAGGUGUGAACGCAGCCUUAUCAUAUGAGCAACUUAAUGCAACGUUUGAGCCAUAUUUACACAUAUCAGGUGGCAAAUUGAAACACCUCAUUUUUGCCCAUCGUGCAGACUGAACUCACAUUUCGAUCACUGCACCUUAAGGCUAAGGGGCAUCCAGUCUUUACGUGGCCCACACCCGUCACUGGCAUUGAUCACUUUGAUACUCCACCACUUUGUAUAAAGAGCAUAUUUGAUGCAGUUAUGCUAUAUCAAGCAUGAACAAAAAGAAUGCGUUUAAUGGGGAAAAAAUGUACCUUUGCUGUUGUCAUGCUCCCUGACAGUGUUCAGUCAGGCUUCAGAGCUCAGACUUUGAUGUGACUUCUUCUCUGUCGUUUUAUUUUUUUCCUCUCGAGUGUGUGUUGUGCAGUUUUAUUCUACUCCAGUCGGAGUCGUGAGCGGACUCUGUGCUGCUGAAAAAGCCCAAACGUCUCAUUGAGGAGCACUUUUUUUCUCCCGUGUUGUUCUCUGGGCCUUUGCAAAGCACCUUGGGUGUUGUUUCCCUUCGUCUGUGUCCAGUGUUGUGCCUUUGACCUGUGUUGUGCACAGUUGUUCUCCCCUCUUAUCAUAAGGUGCCUCUCAUACCUUAAAAAAGCCAGGAGGCACCUACCUGAGGUAAAAUGUAUAAUGCGGUCUUGAGCUUGGUUUCUGUUGUUCGUGUUUCAGUGAGAGGCAAGCCAAACAAAUCCAUUAUCCCCUGCAUUGUUUUAGGUUUUACUAUACACAACUACGAAACGAAAAUGAUUAACAGCUGCUUUCUUUGUGCCAUUGCAUUGAGCUAAAUCGACCCACAAUCCCUUGCACUCCUGGAGAUCCAACAUUGUGUCUGUCUCUGCUGUAAACACUCGCGGUUGGUUUUGUGUUGUGUUUACAGCACCUCUAAAUGUGAGGGAAGACAGUUCAAACAGGUUUCCCUCGUCUUCUUUUAUCUUAGUAAAACUCCAGCAGUGCACUUGUUAUCAGAAAUCGAUUCGACUAUAAACUCGCCAUCAUUUGGCUUCUUCUUCUUUUUCUGGAGCUGCAUGCUGAAGCCAUCUCCAACGACCCCGUUUUUAGAUGUAUGUAAUCAACCUUUGAAGCACUUACUGUACCUGUCACCUUUGUGAACCCAGUUUGAUCUUACCUUGGUUGCAGAGUUCAGUGGUUCCCAACCUGAGGGCGAGAGGAGAUCACAGGAUAGUUGGGAAAUCAGAUGCCAUAAAAGCUAACGACAUUCCCAUCACUCUCAACUCUAUUUGUGUUGCAAAAAAUUAUACGUAACAUUAGCAGGUUAGCAUUUAGCUCAAAACACAACCGCAGCCUUGUAGAGCUGCUAGCAUGGCUGUGGACUCUUAGUGUUGUUAUUAUUGAUGUUGGUGGUUCACCACUUUGGUCCAGACUGAAAUAUCUCCACACGUUUGAUAGAUGAAUUAGGUUUUGUACAUUCAUGAUCCCCAGUAGAUUAAUCCUACUGACUUUGGUGAUCCUCUGUUUUUUUGUGCUUGGUGCUAACACGGCACGACCUCUCACUGCCUGCAUACCUGUAGACUCUUAGUCUUGUUUCUUGUGAAUUUCUGGAUGGUUUAACUUCGUCAGGACUCUUAAAAAAUACUCAAGUGAAACAAGGGAAAAAAGUUAAGUGGUUCCUUGAACUGGUUACACCUGGUAAACACAUGUAACCUGUGAACCAGUCUUCACUUUAAGGGGUGGCGAGCCAGAAGGGUUGAGAACCACUGACCUGGCUGAUCUUUGCAGCGUGAUUAUUGUAACAUUUGACUCAAGCAACCAUUUAAAAAAAAAAAAAAAGAACUUUUGAUCAUUAGUUUUUCCUUUCACCUUUCACUAGCUAGUCUACAGAUAAUGUGCAAUGUUAACAAAUCUGCAAAAAAUAUAUCUCUGUCGUUUGGGCACGUGAAAACAUGAGAGCAUGCAUUGUUCUAGAGAUUAUGGUGUUGUGUACUGGAUUUUGUCUGACCUCUGUGUUAGUGCAAAGUGUAUGUGAUGCAUGGUGGGGGGAGCAGAGGGAAGGCAUGGCUCUGUGGUUUGUAGAUGUAGAUUUCUUGUGUGGAACAGUUGCUCUACAACUUGACAUAUUCUCUACUCACACGUUCUGUUUUCUUUGUUGUUUUCGUAUCUUUGACAUGUCCGUUUAACUUAACAGUAGAUAAAGAAUAGCUAUCGUUGAACUCCAAUUAACCAAUCAGAUUGCAAGACCCACCCCCCGCCCCCGCCCUCCCAGCCUUGGUUUAAAUAGCGUUUACAUGACCCAGGUCGACACACAGGAGAAAGGUUUUUUAAUUCAUGGGUCAUUUUGCCAGUUAACCUGUAAACACCUGCAUGCGUUUGUGGACAUGCACACUUGUACACUCAUUUAGACGUACUGAAAAAUGUCACCUAUUAACAGUUACUUUGUGUUCAUUUAUCAACAGUAUUGAUGUCAAAUGUGAAUAUUGUCAACGGAGACUGUGGAGAAACGUUUGGAAGCUGACAAAACAUUUUGUCUGAUUGUUUGUUUCACUUUUAUUUAUUUUGUAUUUUUUGAAUUUUGUCUACCAAUGUCGUUUCUUUACAUGUAACAGUUUUAACAAAACCCAGUCUGGUUUUUAAUCAUAAAACGUGUCUGUGUUUUAAA